GUCUCACGCGCGCGCACACACACAUUUCUUUUACAUCAUCUAAACUAAACCCUUCUCUCUCCUCACUCAUUCUCUCUCUCCCUCUCUCUCUCUCUCCCUUUUGUUGGCUCUCUCAACACUGUUCUCUGAAUGCAUCACCACACCAUGACCCUCAAAUCCCCAAUCAAAUGCAAUGGAUUGUCCCCAAGCCCAAUCGCUCUCCCAAACCCUAGACUAAUUCACGCCAUUUUCCCUACUGUUUCAUCCAAGAAGUCUUCUUGGAUUUUCAACCGCAAAGGAAUUGAAGUCUCGGUUCCCAAACACCCGCCUAAUUCGCUCUGCUUCAACCAUAAUUCCAGUGACGGAGAGAGAUUGAGAAACCUCGGAGUCAAAGAUAUUGAUGUGGCCACUCUCGGAAACCUCUGUGUCGAUGUUGUACUCAAUGUCCCCAACUUGCCACCUGACUCAUUCGAGGAACGCAAGGCUUAUAUGGACCUGUUAUCGAAGUCUCCUCCUGAUAAGAAAUUCUGGGAAGCUGGUGGUAACUGCAAUAUGGCUAUAGCAGCAGCAAGACUGGGACUGCGCUGUACAGCCAUCGGUCAUGUGGGUGAUGAAAUCUAUGGACGCUUCCUUGUAGAUGUGCUUCAUAAUGAAGGAAUUGGUACGGUUGGAAUGAGUGAAGAUAAUGAUGUUGAUAUCGAAAGUUCUGGUGCCUCGUAUGAAACGCUUUUAUGCUGGGUUUUGGUGGAUCCUUUGCAAAGACAUGGUUUUUGCAGUCGAGCUGAUUUUAGUAUGGAGCCUGCAUUCAGUUGGAUGAGUAAAUUGUCAAGUGAAGUAAAGAUGGCAAUAAAAAAGUCAAAGAUCCUGUUCUGCAAUGGUUAUGGCUUUGAUGAGCUUGCCCCUGGUUUGAUUAGCUCUGCUAUAAAGUAUGCUGUGGAAGUAGGGACUUCAAUUUUUUUUGAUCCUGGACCACGGGGGAAGAGCCUUUCUACUGGAACACCUGAAGAACAAAAAGCAUUUGGCGAAUUUUUGAGGAUGAGCGAUGUUCUUCUUCUAACUUUGGAGGAGGCUGAAUCAUUGACUGGUAUAGGAAAUCCAGUACUGGCUGGGCAGGAGUUGCUGAGGAAAGGAAUACGAACAAAAUGUGUGAUAGUCAAAAUGGGUGCAACGGGUUCAAUUUUAAUCACCAUGUCAACUAUAUCAUGUGCACCUGCAUUCAAGGUGAAUGUUGUUGACACUGUUGGUUGUGGAGAUAGUUUCGUAGCUGCUAUUGCAUUUGGUUUCAUACACAAUUUGCCCAUGGUUUAUACAUUAACAAUUGCAAAUGCAGUGGGGGCUGCAACUGCCAUGGGUUGUGGUGCUGGAAGGAAUGUUGCAACCUUGAAACGAGUCACAGAACUCAUGAAGGCGGCAAACCUUAACGAGGAUGACAAAUUUUGGAAUGAGAUAAUUGAUGAAAACUUGGAUACUCAGGAAAUUACGUUUCUAUCAAAAAUGGCUGUAAAUGGAAGCAAUAAUAGGCUGAACCGUGUUUCCCUUCAAAAGGUCGUUUCUGAAAUGCUGCGUAAGUUCGAAUCUGCAGGGGUAACUGGGGUAUCACCAUCUUGACAGCCAUGUUGAUUGUUUUGUGACAGCUAACUGAUUUUCUUUGGUGUUACUAUUUUUUAAUGCUCUGGAAAAUUGUUGCAUUGAAAGUAGGGCUUGGUGGCGUUGAGGUGAGUAAUGCAUGAUGGCUUCAUCUUUUGGCAGAGUUGAAUUGGGGGUAUAGGUAACUACUUGGAGAAAGUUCGGAUACAGAAGCAAAGGCAGCAUUGUUCACUUCUAGUGGGUAGUGGGAUGAUGUUGGCUGAAAUAGUUUAGAUGCGGUACUUGGGUUGGUUAGACCAUAGGUUUUUAGAUUUAGGGUUUACAUGCCUUUUUGAAGAUGUUGCAAUUUUUGACAUGUUUGCAUCUGAAGCGUGUUCCACAUUCUUGUGCUCUCUUUGUUGCAUUGGGUGCUUUCUUUUUCUUUUUUCUUUUCUUUUUUUAUUUAUUUUUAUUGGUUACAAUAAUUGGAGAAAGUAAUGAAAUACCAAUACAAGGUUGAAUUUGUGUAAUGUGUGGAAUUUGGUGAGCAAAAUGCCUCUUGGGAAAAGGAGAUAUUACUAUUA